AUGUCACAAGCACUGUAUUAUUUUACUCCAUCAGUAAAUUCUGAACCGUUCAAUACGAACUCAUCGAAGAGCAAAGGAACCCACAAGAAAGCCUCUGAAUUACCUUACUUCAAAGUAUUCAAAAAAUAUCUGAUACCUCUUGGACAGUAUCCAUAUCAGACGGAGCGAUCUCACAAAAUUAACGUGACCAUAAUAGUUUUCAGUACAACAAGCCUCCUAAUUCCGUCCAUGUUGCAGUUCUUCUUGUCAAUGCGUGAACGAGACAUGGACACCAUGAUGGAAUGCGUACCGAUAAUCGUCACCUUGCUGGUUAUCAUGAUAAAAAUAUUAAACCACAAUAUCAACAGGCAGAAGUUUCUGAAUAUAUUUAAUCGUAUGGCUGAGCUGUGGGAGAUCUCUGAGAUCAAUGGCGAACUGCACGUCUUGAGUGAAAUCACGGAAGAAGGAAGUAGAAUGGGUAGUUUAUACAGAAAGAGUUUGUGGGGAUUUCUAGUGUUGUUUGUGUCUAUUCCUUUGUCCUCUCCUGCUCUGGAUUUCAUUGCACCGUUAAAUGAAACUCGAACGAAACUGCCACUGUUUAAACUGAAUUACAUCGUGGACAUGAGAGAUCACUUUUACAUCGUGUACUUGCAUUCAGCUUGGUGUUCGCUGAUUAUCGUGCUGAUUGUAACCACUAUGGAUUCGUUGUACAUGGUUAUUAUACACUAUGCUUGCGGAUUGUUUGCUCUGUGCGGGUAUCAGGUUAAGAAAGCUACAGAGAUGGUGGGUCCAAAAGCAAUCCCCACGAUUAAUACUAAAGCUCAGUUCAAUCGCUGCGUGAUCACGCUUUAUGAAGCUAUCAGGUUUUAUGAGUACAUGGACGAAAGUACUCGUACCAGUUACCUCUUUCAAGUUGGUUUAAACAUGAUUGGAAUUACUGUAACAGCCGUUCAAGCUGUUAUGUACAUCGAUAGACCAGAGGAAGCUUUCAGAAUCGUUAUGUUUUUGUUGGGACAACAAUUCCAUCUGUACGCUCUGAGUUUACCUGGCCAGGUGCUGAUAGAUCGCGGUUUAGAGUUGAUUAACGAUAUAUACUUCUCGAAAUGGUACCAGAUACCAGUGAAACUUGAAAAGGUACUUCACAUAAUGCAAAUUAGAUGUAGUAGGCCAUGCACGCUGUCAGCAGGCGGAUUGUACGAAAUGAACAUGACAAAUUUCGGAUCAGUAUGUAUUACUAUAUUACCUUGGCAAUAUGAUUAUUAUACCACAACAGUAAAUAUUGAAUAA